UACACGAGUGUGGAUAGCAGCGGUGGUGCGGUGCAGUGUUCCACGGUUGACGCUUGAAGCGGGUGGAGACUUCUACACAUUUAAAUCCCCCGGCUCGGUUUGAAGCGUUUUGACGCGAAAUAACUUUUCUUUUUUUGUUUUCUUUCUACGGUUGGAUUCUCUAGAACGUUUUUAAUGUCGUAAGUGACAGGUCUGUAAGGGCGUCGUUGUUGGGAAGUUUUUUCGAGGGGUGGGGGGGGGUUUGGACCAACGGAGGGCCAUGGCAGUCGAGGCUCGGCCGGAGCUGGUCGGGAAACGGUUCCUCUGCGUCGGCGGCGACGAGCCGCCCGAAAUCGGCGACAUUGGUCGGUGGCCGUGGAGGUCCGGGGUCAUACGAGCCGUUAACCAUCUUGACAGCGACAACCCCGACCUGACGGUAUACGUGGAGUUUGACGACCAGGAGUGGGAGAAAAGGGAGUGGGUGAAGGUCUAUGAGGAUUUCCAGCUGUUUCUCCUGGAGCACCAGCUGGUCUGGGCCAAGAGGAAGGAGGGAGCAGGAGGAGCAGGAGCAGGGGCAGGACUGCUUCAGGGAACCAAGGCCAAACACAUACAGUGGCCUGCCCUGGCGUUUAAGCUUGUGGUGGGGAAGAGCCUGUUGUCGUCGGUAACAGCUGUGGAAUUCUUCUUGGACCGACAGCUGGACUUCCUGUCUGACCAUUCAGCCUUUCAGCCAUACCAGGAUGAGGUGGACAGUCUGAGCCCAGUGUUGAGAGACAACCAUCAGCUCCAUGAAGAAGUGAGGGGCUGGCUCAAAGACCAAAAGGUGCAGGAGAUUUUUAUGCAAGGUCCCUAUUCAUUGAAUGGCUACCGCGUGCGAGUGUACAGACAGGACUCGGCCACCCAGUGGUUCACUGGCAUCAUCACACACCACGACCUCUUCAGUCGAAACAUGGUCGUUAUGAAUGACCAGGUGCUAGAACCUCAGAACGUGGAUCCAUCCAUGAUCCAGAUGACCUUUCUGGACGACGUGGUCCACUCUCUACUGAAAGGAGAAAACAUCGGCAUCACUUCCAGACGGCGGUCACGAUCCAGUCAGAACAACAACUCUACCCAUAUGACGGGAGGGAGACCUAGCGGGACCACCGGCAGCACUCAGAGUCAUUACACUCGAGCCCAAGCCAACAGCCCCCGCCCUAUCAUGACCUCAUCAGGCCCUAACCCAAAGGGCUCCCAGGGGACACCGGCCUCUCAGCAGCAGCCCGCCAGCCAAUCGCACCACUCACCCGGCGGCAGUGGGAGGGAGCAGAGAGAGCAGCGCAACGCUCGCUCAUCCAGGAGGAAAGGAUCGGACAGCAGUGUUCCAGAGGAGGAGAAGGAGCGCAGGGAAGAGAGCACAGCGAGAGACUCCAAGUCAAAGGCCAAACAGUCUGUGAACAAACGCAGGAAGGUUGAGGAAGAUGAGAAAAAGGCGGGUCUAAAAAGGCUGAAGACUGAUAUGACCUCUGACCUGUCGGAGAGCAGUGACUCUGAAAACCCACACAACAAGAGAACCGCUCACUCCUCAUGCUCCUCCUCCUCCUCUUCGUCCUCAUCGUCCUCCUCCUCCUCCUCAUCCUCCUCCUCGGAGCCUAACUCUGAGAAUGAGCUUAAGUCUCGCGGCAGUGAUGUCAAGCAAAGUGGCGUUUCCAAAAAGGAGGAGGAGCUUCAGCCGGUAAUACAGGGCACCAAAAUAAACAAUUCCUCUUCUGCUAUUGGUCGCCUGUCCCCUUGGGCGGAGCUUCAGUCAGCAGAGGACAGCAAGAAGGGAGUGGCCAAGGACACAGGAAACAUUUCAACCAAGGAGGAGGAGGAGUUGGUAGCGGUGACGCAAAUUACUCAGUCUCCACGGCAACAGACAACUCCGAUCUCAGAUCCGGUCCAGGCGGGCAUUGUGGAUAGCAGCAAGAGCACCGUGAAAGUGUCGUCUCGAUCCCAGACACCAUCUUCCCAACUUGGCGGCGGCUGUGUGAUCGACAUUACGGAUGAGGCUCAGGCCACGGUGCACCAGGAGAGUUCAGAGGCUGUGUCAGCACUGCUGGCUUCGCAGAAGGCAGAGUCCACAGCCCUCUCCCCCUACCUCCCCCUCAACCCCUCUCCCGUCUCUUCGCCGCCCGUCCCUCAGUCUCCCUCGCCAUCGGAAGGAGGCCGCAGGGCGGAUAAUGAGCCUCCAAUGCACCCGCACGGCAUUCUGGGAGGUGGCAUGGCAGCAGCCAGGAGCCUAAGCAACAAGAUGGAGUUUGCGCCCUCUGAGGUCAUCAGGCCCGUCACAUCCAUAGUUGACAAUGUCGUGCUUGUGGAGAAGGAGAAAACAUCCCUCCCUCAUCAUCAUCAUCAUCAUCAUCAACCACCACAACAACAACAGCAACAGCAGCAGCAGCAUGCACAACACUACACAUCCAUCCACCCUGGCAUUAAGAGCCCGUCUCUGUCUGAGGAGACAAGAAAACACCCACUACAGCAACCGCCCCCCCACAAGAUGAACACUGUCCACCCCCCUGAACUAGCCAGAUCCAGAAUAAGCCCCAACACAGCCCCAACACAGCUCAACACCCUCAAACAGAAACCCCAGCACCCCAACAACUCUCAGAGCCAUCCCUACCCCAACACUAAUCCAGCUGAUUUACACAAGGCUAAACCCCACCCGGGCCUGCUGGACAUAUCUAAGCCCAAACCCAACACCUCCCCAGAGGUCUCUAAGCAUAAAAUACAGAGGUACUCUGACUCCUCCCCGCCUCCGAUGGGCCGUUUGUCAGCCAAAGUAGAAACAUCAGAACCUCCGCGGUCCGGUUUCAAGCCAGUGGCGGCACGGUCGGAGACGGGCGGAGGCAGUACGAGCAGCAGCACCAAGAGCCCUCUGAUCAUCGAUAAGAACGAGACCUUCACCGUGUACAGGGACCCAGCUCUGGUCCGCUCAGAUGCAGAGAACUCUGUCUCCGUCUCUGUGUCCUCCAACCACGUGGCAGCCUAUCUCCAUCCCCACCUGCACACCCUCCACUCCCCCACUCCUCACUCCCCCUGCCUCACCUCUGCCUCCCACUCCCACCUCCUCGCUCCUCCUCACACGCACCUGUUACCGCCUGGGGUGCUCCCAGCUAUGCCUCCUCCCACGGCCUCCCUCCUCGGGGGCCACCCUCGGCUCGACUCCCCCAGCGGGCUGGGUCACCUUGCCCUAUCUCACCCGGCAUCAGCGCACCAGCAGCGGUUUCUACAGGGUCAGGGCCCCCCUCCACCCUCUCUACUAGCCCAGGCUCACGGCGGCGCAGCAGGGCUGGGCCUUUACCCCAUCCUCUGGCAGUACCCCAACGGAACGCCGACCUCCUACUCCCCGGGGCUCAACCUGCCCCCCACAGCCAAGUGGGUCCACUCUGAAAACCCCAUCAGCUUGAAUUCCGAGGGCUCACUCAGGAGGAACACACCCAGUCCGUGGCUCCAUCAGUCCGCCGGCAGCGCCAGUGACGGUCUGGGUUUGCUGAGCCACGUUCCUGUUCGGCCAGCAAGUGCCGACCCCCACAGGCCCUCGAUCAAGAUCAGCAGUCACGCAAGCCCUCCGCUGUCUAAGAGCAGCAUGAACACUCAUAAAGAAGAUCCGGAUAAAAAAGGUUUUAUGGACCCGAUCAGGACGUUGACACUGACCCAGCUGAAGCAGGAGCAGACGGACCAGAGUCGAACCCCCGAAAGGAAAGAUGUCCACCUCCACCGCCUCUACCUAGACCCCCACAGCAAGGCACGCCUGGCAAACGCACAGGAUGCAGUUCUGGCAGCAGACCGAGCCAGUAAAUACAAAGAGGAGAAUCGUCAAAUCCUAAAAGAGAGCAUUGAGGUCGCUCCCUUCACCGCCAAGAUCCAGCGCUCCAGUGACCCUGGAAUGGACAGAGAGAGGUGCAGGGAUCCAGCCUUUCCCGUCAGGUUACCGGCUCUUGCCUCCCCAAGCCCCAAGGCCGGCCACAUCCAUCCCCACAUCAUCCAAUCAGAAAAGAGCAACUACUUCACCACUCUGUCCAACAGCGUGGUGAAUGAGCCUCCAAGACUCUACCCCUCCAAGGAGCUCAGCUCUUACUAUGAGAAAGUGUCUGGCGGAGCUCCAGGGGUUGUGGCCAGCAUCGGGGCUGCCGUGCAAAGCCAGGGAGCUCUGUCCCUGGGCAGCUACACCUCCAAAGCCUCCCUGUCAAAGCCCCCUCCCCUCAUUAAGCACCAACCAGAGGGAGGAGAGGGUUUAGCAGGGAAAAUCACUGAGCAGCUCAGCCAGCAGGUGACACUAGUCCAACACCAACAUCAGCACCACACAGUUGGUAUGGACAGGAUAGAACGCCGCAGCCCCGCCAUUUCACCCUCCUCCUCCACAUCUUCCUCCACAGCACCCAAUCACCACCACCACCAACAAAAUCACCAACACCAUCACCACCAUCAACAACAAUUACAACAACAACAACAACACCACCAACACCUCCACCACCACCACCACCAACAACAACAACAACAACAGCAGCAGCCGCAGCAACAACAUCAGCAGCAGCAGCAACAACAUCAGCAGCAACAACAUCACCAGCAGCAGCAGCAGCAGCAGCAGCAGCUCAGGGCAAUGCCAUCUCUCCACCGAGCGCCUGUCUUCCAUCCGCCCACCCAGCACGCAUUGGAUCGCAAGGACGCUGCAGAGCGAGAGAGGGAGAAGGAGAAAGAGAGGGAGAGGACCGUUUAUGGCGGACGCCUGUCUCCACCAACCCUCACGCCCAUUCAGCCAGUUAGCUUAGCGUUAGCGGGUAGCAAAACGUCAGCGGAGCAGCAGAAGCCCCCCACACUGCUGCCGGAACUCAGGGACGUUAAAGGUCAUGGAAGUGCUGCCAUCACCUCCGUAGCCUCAGCCAUUAGUGGGGAGAUCAUGACUCCGUCCGUGGACGCAUGGAGGCACGGAGAGAUGAUUCAGGAAAGAGGGGGAAUGUUGAGGGCCAAGCCCCAUUCCGCGAUGGCAUCAGUCAUCGUGCGUCCGUCGUCAUCCGUCAAAUACAACAGUCUUGUUGGUGCUAACCAAUCUGGUGCUAUGAUCACUAAGGAGCUCCCCCACGGGGGGUUCUACCCAGCCAGUCUUCAGGGGGAGGGUCUAAGACUGGGGGAGAGUCUGAGAGAAGUGGUAACCGGCAGGGUUAUCCAACCCAACUCGAACCUGGACGAAAUGUGUUUCCAGUAUAAACAUUCUUCUAUGCGUGACAUGCAGGGAACUAUGGCAGCCGGCAUCACAAACUCUGUGUGCAGGACUGCCAUUUCAGCGGCAUCCCUUUUUGGGAUACCGAGUAUUAGUGGGACAGCCAUCCCUGAUUUGGGCUACUCUGUCUCAGCACAUAAAACUGGCAUUUGUGGCAGAGUGCUGAGCCACUCAGGACCAGGAGAGUACCAGGAGGGGCUAGGCUCACGCACCACAUCUCCAGGGGGGUCUCUGCCUCCCCCUAGUCCAGUAGGGACACCCCAGCCCAGUCCAAGCCUCACCCCGACACCCAGCUCCAUUGCUGGCUCUAGUCAGCCGUACUCCUCCUCCUUUGUCCACCUUAAGAAGCACAAAGCUGCCUUGGCUGCAGCCCAAUUCAGAAGCAACUCCUCCCCUGCGCCCACAUCCGUCUCAAUCGGAAACUGCUUCCUACCUGUGGAUUCGGUUGACAAAACUCCCAUUCCCAACUCUCCCCCUCCUCCCGCGUCCAGCCAAGCCUCGUCGUCUUCGCUCGAUAGCAGCGGCUCGGCCAGCGGCAGUACAACGACAGGCAAGUCCAGUCCCCUGCCCAACGGCCAGCCCCCGGGAUCGGCCUCGACAAGCAGCGGGCAACCCAGCAACUACCACAAGCUGAAGAAGGCCUGGCUAACCCGGCACUCUGAGGAGGACAGGAACACAACCGCUACUGCAAGCUGCGCCAGUACAAAGCCUGAGAAACUGCCCAGCACCAUCACCAGCACGCCCACCAGCACCAGCACAAGUAACACCGCAGCCAUGUCAGAGAUGAUCAAACCCUGCACAGUCAAUCUCAGCGCCUCCACCUCCAGCGAGGUGGAGCUGAGCAAAGACAGCAAAGCGGAGAGAGAGAGGCAGCUGGAGGACAAGGUUGGAGGAGCAGCCACAGGGGGAGGAGGAGGGGAGGAGAGGAAGGCAGCUCCCUCAUUAAGGCGGGGGAACAAGCGGUCAUAUGAGUCGGCUUCAGAGAGCGGGGGAGACGACUCCGACACCAGUGAAAGCAAGAUGGAGGGCCGAGCCAAGCGCCAGCCUAAACCCACCUUCAAGAAGAAGCAGAAUGAUAUGGCCAGAAGGAAAGGAGACAACGAAAAAGAGGACGACGACCUGAAGCCCAAUGGCAUCUUCCGAUCUGCCCGAGAGAAGACGAAACUCAAACUAGCCAGCAGCAAUGGGAUCCCCCGCUCCGUCCUGAAGGACUGGAGAAAGGUGAAGAAGCUGAAGCAGACGGGGGAGUCGUUCCUGCAGGACGACUCGUGUGCCGAGAUCGGGCCCAACAUGCAGAAGUGUCGGGAGUGCAGAGCGGUGCGCAGCAAGAAGGGAGAGGAGCCCACGCAUUCCCCCGUCUUCUGUCGCUUCUACUACUUCAGACGGCUCUCCUACAGUAAAAACGGAGUCAUCCGAAUGGACGGCUUCUCCAAUCCGGACCAGUUUGACGACGAGGCCCUGGCCCUUUGGGUCCCCGGGUUGAUGGACGAGAGCCAACUGGACCAGACCACAGCCAAAUACAUUCUCAGCUUCAUAGGAGACAAGUUCUGUCAGAUGGUUGUGACGGAGAACACCGCCGCCACUUGGAUCAAGAAGGAUGCCAAAUUGGCGUGGAAGCGCGCGGUGAGGGGGGUGAGGGAGAUGUGCGACGCCUGCGAGGCGACGCUCUUCAACAUCCACUGGGUGUGUCAGAAGUGUGGCUUUGUUGUCUGCUUGGACUGCUACAAGGCCAAGGAGAGAAGGAGCUCCAAAGAUAAAGAACUCUACGGCUGGCUGAAGUGUGUGAAAGGCCAACCCCACGACCACAAACACCUUAUGCCCACGCAGAUCAUACCUGGCACAGUGCUGACAGACUUGGUGGCUUCCAUGCACUCUCUGAGAGAAAAGCACAACAUCAAACCACACUGUCCCUGCACCAACAAGCAGAACCUCAAUACCAAGCUACCAGCCACCAAUGGAGUGUCACAGGUUCUGCAGAACGUCCUGAACCACAGCAACAAACUGGCUCUGGUGAAGGCUGAGCCGGGCUCUCAGCAGAACUCUGACCAAGUAGGAACUAAGGUGGAGACCAACGGAGGAGGCAGAGGGGGAAGCAGUCCAGGCAGUGACGCAGGAAGUUCUCCUGUCAGUCCUCCCGAAUCCCAGUCACCUCUGCACUUCCUGGCUGACCUGGCAGAGCAAAAAUCCAGGGAGGAAAAGAAAGAAAACAAGUCUGUGCUACUGGGUAAAUCAGUGAAGGAAGACAAGGUGGGGGACAGCUUGGAGGUUCUGCAGCAGUGUAAAACCACCUCACUGGUGGCCAACAGUACGGAGCAGGGCUCCACACUCAGAGACCUGCUUACCACCACAGCAGGGAAGCUGAAGCUGGGCUCUACUGACGCAGGAAUGGCCUUUGCACCGGUCUACUCUACUGCGUCACAGACUGGAAAAGGUGUGAGGACCAUGCCAAAUAUCCUUGACGACAUCAUUGCUUCUGUGGUUGAGAACAAAAUCCCUGCCAGCCGGCAGAGCGUCACCACCAAACUGUCAAUCAAGCAUGAGCCCAUCGCCCCGGGCAACCACAACAACAACCCCGCCCCUGCCGUCACUGAGGACGCCAAACCAGACCGGAAGAAGUUGGCGCAGGUUACUGCUGCAGUGACAGAAGAUUUGACCAAUCAGUAUCCAGAUAUUCCUCACUGCUGGUUAAACAACGGACGGUUGCUGUGGCUCAAAGAUCACCGUAACCAGAACAACUGGAAGCUGUUCAGAGAGUGCUGGAGACAAGGACAGCCCGUGUUGGUGUCAGGGAUCCAUAAGCGACUCAACAGCGGACUGUGGAAAGCUGACUCCUUCAACCAGGAGUUUGCAGAUCAUCAGGGAGACCUUCUCAACUGUAAAGACCAAGUGGUGUCCAACUCUGGUAUCAAGGAAUUCUGGGAUGGAUUUGAGGAUAUCACUAAGCGGCCCAAGUCCAAAGAUGGAGAACCGAUGGUCUACAGACUAAAGGACUGGCCGUCUGGGGAGGAAUUCAUGGCCCUCAUGCCUUCCAGAUAUGAUGACUUGAUGAAGAACCUGCCUCUGCCAGAGUACUCUGAUCCAGAGGGCAACCUAAACCUGGCCUCCCACCUGCCAUCUUUCUUUGUCCGGCCCGAUCUGGGACCCAGACUGUGCUGUGCCUACGGUGUAGCUGCGUCUCAGGACCAGGACUUCGGGACUGCCAACCUGCACGUUGAAGUUUCCGAUGUCGUCUCCGUUCUAGUCUAUGUAGGAGUGGCCAAAGGCCACGGAGUCUUGUCCAAAACGGGAGUGUUGAAGCGUCUGGAGGAGGAGGAUCUCGACGAGGGGGUCCGAAAGAGGCUCAAAGACUCGAGCGAGACACCGGGGGCUCUGUGGCACAUCUACCUCAACAAGGACAUGGACAGAGUCCGAGAGUUCCUGCACAAGCAGGGAUCGGACCCUCCGGCAGACCAGGACCCAAUCAGAGAGCAGGCCUCGUACCUGAGCAGGAAGCAGCGCCAACGCCUGCUGGAGGAGCACGGCGUCCAGGGCUGGACUGUGGUUCAAUUCCUGGGAGACUCGGUACUCAUACCAGCCGGGGCCAUGCACCAGGUCCAGAACCUCCACAGCUGUGUCCAGGUCAUCAACGACUUUGUGUCUCCCGAGCACGUGGCCAACUCCUUCAACCUGACCCAGGAGCUGCGACCCAGUAAAGAGGAGGUCAACUAUGAGGAUAAACUACAGGUGAAGAACAUUCUGUACCACUGUGUGAAGGAGGCGGUGAGCUCCCUAAAGAGGAGCAGCUCUGAGGAAGACGAUGAGGAAGAGAACUCAUGACACCCCCGGAGCUUAGUCCGAGCCUCCCAGAGAGGGACACGACUCCCGCCGGCACCUCGCCUCCCCCAGCGGAGUGACACGGGGCCGGCAGCCGCCUCGGAGCCACUCACGUGACAUCCCAGAUGAGCACGAGACCGGAGGGGCCCCGGGCAGGCAGAGAUUAAACCUCACAGGAAGCCUAAGGCAUUCUGGGAAACAAAGGACAGCAUGCAGGUUAGGAAGCCUCACAAAAAGCCACUACGCUGGAGUGACACGGCACUACGAGCCUCCACAGAAACUCUUUUGUGUGACUGUUGGUGCUUGAAUGCAGACUCUGUCCUGUCCGAUGGAGUCCACAGGCCGGACAGCAGCAGCCACCACAGAGGUUCUGUCCCCGUCCGUAGCGGCACAGCGUCUCGCAGAAUGCUGUGACAUUAGGACAGCCUUUCCAGCAGCAAGCAGUGUCAGCUUCCCAACCGUCAUCGCUGCUGUUUCAAAAUAAAUCUAUUAAAGAGAAAGGGGGAGAAAAAAUAAAAUGCAAAAAGUAAAUCUCAGAUGUUUUUUAAGCAGCGACCCGCGCAGCUUCUUUGUUUGUUGUUCUGUCUUUAGUCUGUCUGUCUUUGUCCUUUUUUAUAGUUCUAUCUGUCGGUUGCUGUUUUGUUUUUGUUUUUUACACAAACAUUUGUUUUAUUGUCCUCUGUGAAGAUGUAUUUAUUUUAUUGCUGUAUGAUACGCAAUGUUAUUGAGACAAAAAAGCAUUCAUUUAAAUGUGACUUGUAAAUGUUUCUUUAGUAUGUGGUUUUCAGUUGUAAUACGGCUCAACUGUGAUGGAGGACACACACACACACACACACACACACACACACACACACACACACACACACACACACCAGCUUUUGCCUGUAACUUCGGGAAAUGUUGAUGCCCUACAGUCCUCAUGCCAUAAAUACAUUUUUUGAAUGAACUGCCAAACUAUUUUACAGACUGUAAAGUUGUAUUAUGUAAAGACAGAACAAAAUGGCUUAUACACUUCAGCAUUUUAUGAUAAAAAAAUAUUUCCUGUAAAAUCGAGACAUUUACAGAAAAGAUGUAAUUUAUUUAAGAAAAUAAUGGCUUUUUUUGUUUUGUUAAGAUUUGCAAUGGUGAACUUUUGAAGUUAAAAGAUAAAUGAAAAUGUUUACUAUAAUGUGUAAAUAUAUACAUAUAUAUAUAUAUAUAUAUAUACAUUCACUGAGUAUUUUUUUAAAACAUGGCUUGCUUCAAUUUCAAAUUUUAAAGUGCAAGUGUUACAUGCUUUGUACAUUGAAGUUCAAAAGGGUUUUACAUUGUCCAUUAAAAUGGAUUUAUCAAACGUUUGUUACUGUGUUUUGAUAAGUGAUUAAAACUAAAAACUCAGAU